CUCCCCUCCCAAAAUGCCUUCUAAAGAACUAACGGGUCUUGUUUACUUUACAGCGUCCUGUUCUCUUAUUUUUCAUAGGUUUUGAGAAACUGUCCCGCAUCAUGUUUGAUUUACUGUGAGUCGGUGUCGAGAAACAAGAUCGGACUUUGUUAUAACCCCCAGAGCGCGCAGCACAAUUAAGGCUUCUACGUAUUGGACAGUGAUUGGCACGCUUGACAGUGAUUGGCAAUGUUGCCAGGACAACCAUACAGUAGCACCAUGAAAACGGUUCCAAAUACGAAACACAAUUAUUUAAAGGGUGCACUCGAUCUAGAAAUGAUGAGGAUCUUGAAAAGGUAAGUGUCAUUAAGGUGAUAGCUGCUUAACAGUUUUCUUUCCCCUCUUUUCUACCUGAUUGUUCACCAACUCUGUUCAUUCCGCGGUUUUCUGUCACCCCUUACAGGUAUAGCCUAUUCCUCUCAUCUUCUCUCAAACUUCGCUGAUCACCGGUUGCUCUUGGCGAACAACUCUCCUGCGCCAAAAGAAGUAAAGGACUUGUCAAUGUUUCCCAGUCUUAAUUUCUCACUGGAACAGGUAGCAAGUGUCUGCGAGACACUGGAAGAAACCGGCGAUGUGGAGAGACUGGGACGGUUCCUGUGGUCUCUGCCGGUGGCGCCUGGGGUUUUCGACUCGAUAAACAAACACGAAUCCAUUCUGCGAGCUCGCGCCGUGGUUGCUUUUCACGCAGGGAGUUAUAGGGACCUCUAUCACAUUUUGGAGCACCACAAGUUCACCAAGGACUCACACGGAAAACUGCAGGCUAUGUGGCUCGAAGCACACUAUCUAGAGGCCGAGAAGCUGCGGGGUCGCCCAUUAGGACCGGUCGAUAAGUACAGGGUGCGGAAGAAGUUUCCAUUGCCCAGGACCAUCUGGGAUGGCGAGCAGAAGAGCCACUGUUUCAAAGAGCGGACACGCGGCCUUUUAAGGGAAAGGUACCUCCAGGACCCCUACCCAAAUCCAAGUAAGAAAAGGGAACUAGCACGCGCGACUGGCCUCACACCUACGCAAGUGGGGAACUGGUUUAAAAACCGAAGGCAAAGGGACAGAGCCGCGGCGUCAAAACACAGGUUGCAACACCAUGGAAUUGGACAAAAUGGGGUGCGAUCUCUUUCGGAGCCAUGCGGUUCACCAUCCACUAGCAUCUUGAAUAUGAUGGACCGAAUCGAAACGGGGACCUCCAUUAUCUCCAUAGCAUCCAGUGACUCGGAAUUUGACAUAUAAUACAAAAGGAGAAAUAUUUACAAGGGAAACUACUUGAAAAAAAAAAAAAAUUAAAAAAACGUUAAACCCGGGAUUAUGAAAGGACCCAUUAGAAUGAUUAAAAGGAGAGAGAGGGGGGGAAAUAGUGUUUCGAGCGCAUUCAGUGGACCCUCCUGUUUUCCUACCCCUUUUCUGCAUGAAUUUAUUCAGAAAAAAGUGAAACAGUUUAUAUAAGGACCGCCGAAAGGAGAGAGUAGAGGCUUGCAGAACGCCAUCUCAGACAUCUAUUUCACUUUCAAGUGGCGAUGGGACUCGGCAGGAUGCAAUGAUGUGUUUUGUUUGUUGUUGUUUGAUACUGUCAUCGGACAAUCAUGAGGAAAUCCCUUUUGUCACGCUUCUGUCGUGCGUAGGCUACGUGUAGGGAAUACGGUACGGUUACAGAUUUGUUUUUUCGUUGAAAUGAUGCAAUUAAUUCUCAGUCUUCAAGAAUACCAGUUAUGUCUGUAAUAUUCGUGUGUAUGGUUGGACACAAUAUUGUUAUUAUUCACCUCCUGCUUCACUUCAGCCUGAUGUCCUAGUGUGUCAAAAGUUUAAGUGAUUUAGAAUCCUUUAAUAUUUAAAUCUGGAUUUGUGAUAAUGUAAUCGGUCAUAUUUAUGCAAAAUAAAAUUAAUAUAAUUCUACAUCAAAAUAGUUUAUGUAAGGUGCUUGUUAUUGUUUAAUCCGGGUCUCCCCUGUAUGCUUUCCGAUGAAUGACCAAGCCAUUUAAGAGACUAAUCAUCGUGGAUCCCCGCCCUGACCACAGUGCCCCAUGGUGAAGUUCAUCGCCUCUGUUCCUCUGGAUGACAUGGGUUUGAAUCAGAAGAAUAGGAAAGAACAAUUUAAAACCUGUUUAUAGGCAUAUUCAAUCAAAAACUUUUUGUACACUGCUGCUACAGUAGCCAUUUCAGGAUUUUACACAAAUAAUUCACUCCUCUAUCAUGUGCCAAAAGAACAGUGCAAUUUGUCAACCUGGCAAAUAUAUUAAAAAAGCAAGGUACUGUAAGUAAACAUCUGUUUCGGAAGUCCGUUUUGGAUAGGCUCUAAGGAAUUACUGUAUCUACAAUAAAUCAAAUAAUACAUCAUUUAAGUAGUUUUUUGUCCUGAAAAAGUCCGUAUGGUUUUCUGAGUCAAUUUUAGAGGAAAUUGUUUGCCCGGUGACCAAAAAACAUAAUGUCCCCGUCUGUAUACAGUAAAUGUAACAAUGUCGAGUUACGCCUAUAAAAAAACAUGUUUGGUUUUUUUAAAUUUUUUAUUUUUUUUGCUGUUGUCUACAGAAGGCCAUCUACAGACAAAACAAGGGGGUUGUUACUCAAGUCAUGGAGAGGGCUUCAGAUUUGGAGAUUAGAGAUGGGACACUAGAUGAAAAACCAUCUACAUGUUUACUUUUGGGGGGACCUUGGGCAUUUUAAAUGGUGUUUAACAUUUGUAAAAGAAAGUUGUACUUAUCAAUAUGUUGGACUUUUUAAGUUAGUUCAGUGUUAGUUUAAUAUUAAAUGUGUUAAGCUUC